AUGGAAGAAGUUGCUAAAGUUGUGGAGUGCAAGGAUAUUAAUGAAGGAUCAAUGAUACCAAUCUUCUACGAGGUCAAUCCAUCUGACAUACGGAAAUUGAGGGGAAACUUUGGGAAAGCCUUUGCUAAAACUGAGGAAGCUUAUUCGGGUGACAAGAGAGAUAUAAAGAGGUGGAAGGAUGCAAUGAGUAAAGUAGCCAGUCUCGCCAGAAUGGAAUUGAAAGAUGGAUAUGAGACCAAGUUUGUUAAGCAAAUCAUUGGAGAAGUCGAAAAUAAACUGGGUCCUCGGCUGUCCUACGUUGUAGACAAUCUUGUGGGAAUGCAUUCCCGCGUUGCAAAUAUAGUUGAAUCUUUAUGCUUAGAUAGGAGUGAUUUUCUCGACGAUAUUCUCCAAGACGAUAAUCUGAGAAUCAGGGAUGAUCAUAGAGGAGCGAACAUGAUAAAAGAACGACUACAACAUAAAAAAGUUCUCGUUAUUCUUGAUGAUGUGGAUGAAAAGGAGCAGUUGGAAAAAUUAAUAGGAGGUUUUGAUUGGUUUGGUCAUGGAAGUAGGAUCAUUAUAACAACCAGAGAUGAACAUUUGCUUCUCCAAUAUGGAGUAAAUUCCAUAUAUAAGGUGGAGGAACUAUCCUUUGGUGAGGCUCUCCAACUAUUUUGUAUGAAAGCUUUUAGAAGUAAUCAUCCUCCAGCGGAGUUCAAUGAGCUCGUGAAGCAGAUUAUUGGAUACGCUGAUGGCCUUCCUCUAGCCCUUGAUGUCCUAGGUUCCUUUUUGGCUUAUAUUGGAAUCGAAAUCCUUGUUAAUAAAUCUCUUAUCCAAAUCGUGGGCAACAAAUUGUGGAUGCAUGAUUUGCUACAAGAAAUGGCUUGGGAAAUUGUUCGUCGAGAGUCUCCUGAAGAGCCAGGAGAACGAAGUCGAGUCUGGCUUUUUGAGGAUGGAACUGGAAAAAUCAAAGCCAUAGUCUUGCAAUCUGGGGACCAUAGAACAAUGCGCCUGAAUGGAGAGUUAUUCACAAACAUGAAUAACUUAAGAUUGCUUGAUAUUCAUGCCAUCCACCUCUCUUCUGGGUUUAAGCACCUUUCAAAUGAACUAUGCCUGCUAAGAUGGGACAAUUACAAUCUUACAUCAUUUCCACCAAGUUUUCUUCCAAAGAGUCUUGUCCAACUCCAUAUGCAGGAUAGCCUCCUUUAUAGCCUCUGGAGAGGGGAAAAGGUCUUAGAGAAGUUAAAAGUCAUCAACCUAAAUGGUUCCAAAUUUUUUGUGAAGACUCCAAACUUCAUAUAUGUCCCAAAUUUAGAGAGGCUAAUUCUCAAAGGUUGCAAGGCAUUAUCUCAGGUUCAUCCUUCAAUUGGAAAUCUAGAAAGUCUCAAUCUACUUGACUUGGCUGACUGUGAAAACCUCACGGGACUUCCAGAUAGUGUAGGUAAUCUAAAAUCUCUCAGAGUUCUUAAUCUGUUUGGAUGUUCGAAUCUUGAAGAACUGCCUGAGAGCAUCGGGGGCUUAGAAUUUGCUCCAAGAUAUGAUUACAAGAGCAUACCGGAUGUCACCAAGCAAUUGUCAUCUUGA